GAGAAAUGUGUCAACAAAAAGGAAAAGUUUAAGAAUGGGAAAAGGAUUUCACACGUCCUCUUUAUAAGUGCUUGAUGUUUUGCGCUCCAAAGCCAAAACCAAGAAGGGCGGAAAGGAAAGGAACACCGCCAUGGACGCAUGGCUCCCAGCUGCGUUUUACCGGGCAAAGGGGACGCCUUCGUCAUCUGCCGUUACGUCAGGCUCCCCCUUGCCGCCCAUCAGGGCACCCCUUUCUGGAGAUAGCGAUGAUGAUCAUGACGGUGAUUAUUACUCGAGCGAGGCUAGCGCCAAGAGUGAUGGUGUGGCGAGCCGUUUCAGCGAUGAUUCUGCAAGCUUCUUAAGCGGGGACGACGAGUUCGAGACCGCCUCGGAGACGCCUUGGGAUGCGUCGGAAAGAUUCGAAGAUGAGCUUGUCGAGGAGAAACAGGAGGAGGAUGGUGACGGUGGUCGGGUCCCAAUUGUGAGAAGCUACGACCUGUCGUCGUCUCCCGGCAUUUACGGCCCAGCCGUUACGAUGGUGCCAGUUGCGAAGCUGACGUCGGAGACAGAAGACGAAGAUUGUGAGGUUAGGGAUGGCGUUUCUAGCGAUGGGGAUGAUGGGUUCAUUGGUGUACUUAGAAUCCCUGUAGAAACAGGGCAGGAGGGGUUGGUGGGUGGUAGGUUUGAGGAGAAGGAGAGCUCGGCGUCGGAAGGGGUAGGGUUGGGGAAGGAGAGUGGUGCAGCGGGCGGAGCGAUGAAGUUUUUUGACGGUGGGCAGGGAAAAUCUGAUUUUAUAAGUGACCCAAUUGCUGAAACCCUUGGUUCUUUUGGCACGAGCUCUCUGGAGGUAGAGGAUAAUGGCGGGAAGUUGGGAUCAAUAGAGACCAAAGUGGCUGGUGGCACCAGGGUAAUUGCAGAACUUGGUCGUGAAGAAGUAGAUUCGUCCAUUAUCUGCGUAGAUGUUGCUGGAGUUGAUGGAGAUGAGGUUCGUAGCAUAGAGGAGAUGAAACGAACUGUACCUUUUAGUAGAGAGUUUGACAAAGAGGCUGAGGCAACAAGUGAACAUGUGAAGUACUCACCUUCCAUGGAUACCAUUAUGGUUGAGGCUUCCGUGAGCGGUGUGGUUGGUGAGCGGGUGUAUGAAGAACCUUUCAUGACGUUAGGCUCCAAGGGUUCUACUGUUGCCAAGAGGGAAGACCCCAAUGGUGCUGCCUCGUGUAUAAACGUCGGUUUUGGCAAAGAGACUGUUGUUUUAGAUGAGGCCCUGAUGGAGGGAAUGGUUGAAGCUGGUUCAAGUGAUGAUGGUUCAACGUGCUUGGUGAUUGAACCAGCGUUGGAACCGGUUUCUGAGGCAAUAGAUGCUGCUGACUGGGAGUUCCAAACCAGUUCCUAUGUUGGGAUGUGUGGGAACGAUACUGAAGUUGAUGGUUCUGAUCCAACGGGCCGAUUGCAAGACAACCAGUUAACACACCGAACUAGUUCACAGGGGCCAAAUGAUUCCGAAAUUAGAAACAAGCAAGAGCUGGAUGCUGAUGAUGGAUCGAUUGCUACAGGUGACAACAGUGACGAUUUGAAUUUCGUCAGGGAGUUAGAGAAUUUCGUGAAGUUCUCCAGAAACUCUGACGUCAGAUUUGCUGAGAACGGGUCUACCGCAUCUCACAUCAUUGAGGCAGCAGAUAGUGAAGAAGAAGAAGAAUAUGGUGAUGAUGAUAAAGUGUUGUUUGAUUCAGCUACCCUGACUGCUCUGUUGAAGGCCGCGAGCAAUGUUAAUGCCAGAUCCACCUCUCAAAACCCUGCCGGUUUGGGAUCAUCAGUUCCGGCAUUAGGUCUGUCUGCACCUCGCAGAAUUAGUAGUGCGGGUAAUUUUGCUUCUUCAGCCACAAGAGAAUCAGAAACAGAGAACAUGGAUGAUGAAGAGAAGAAGCUUCAUGACAAGAUAAACAUGAUCAGGAUGAAUUUUUUGCGCCUUGUCUACAGAUUAGGACAGUCACUCGACGAGUCGGCUGUUGCUCAGGUUCUUUACAGGUUAGCUCUUGCUGAAGGAACGAGGAAUAGUAAAACUACUAGACUCUUCAGCCUAGACACCGCUUUCCAAACUGCAAAAAAGCUAGAAGAAGAUGGCAAAGAGGAGAUCGACUUCUCCUGCACUAUUUUGGUCAUUGGAAAGACUGGAGUUGGCAAGAGUGCAACCAUCAAUUCUAUAUUUGGUGAAGACAAAGUUCCAACCGAUGCCUUUCAGCCAGCUACAAGUAUGGUGCGAGUGAUCACUGGCAUUGUGGAUGGUGUGAAACUUCGAGUGAUUGAUACUCCAGGAUUAAGACCAUCAGUUAUGGAACAGCGUACCAACAGGAAAAUUCUUUCGUCGGUGAAGAAAUUCAUGAAGAAAUUCCCACCAGAUAUUAUCUUUUAUGUCGAUCGGAUGGACACCUGUUCACGUGACACCAAUAAUCUUCCAUUGUUAGAGUCGAUCACCUCUAACCUUGGGACAUCGAUAUGGUUCAAUGUCACCGUGGCUCUCACUCAUGCAUCUUCUGCACCACCAGAAGGUCCCAGCGGCUCUCCACUUCCUUAUGAAACAUUGGUUUCACAUAGGUCGCAAGCCGUUCAGAAUUCCAUCCGGCAGGCAGCUGGAGAUAUGCGUCUCAUGAAUCAGGUGGUGCUUGUUGAGAACCACCCAUCAUGCAGACGGAAUCAACGCGGCCACCAGGUGCUGCCCAAUGGGCAGAGUUGGCGGCCGCGGCUGCUCCUGUUAUGCUACUCUUCUAAGAUCUUAACAGAAGUAAAUUCUCUACUGAGACCGCAAGAUCCUGCCAUCACAAAACUCUUGUUCGGUGGUCAUCGUUAUCGUUCAGUACCUGUUCCAUUUCUGCUGUCCUCAUUGUUGCAGUCAAGAUCCCAUCCUAGUCUUGCCUCUGCAGAUAAUGAGGAAGCGUACUUUGAGAUGGAGGAAGAGUUGCCUGAAGCUGAUACUGACGAAGAAGAAUAUGAUCAGCUUCCACCAUUCAAACCUUUGGGAAAAUCUCAGAUAGCUAAGCUGAGCAAGGAACAGAGGAAGGCCUAUUUCCAGGAGUAUGACUAUCGAGUGAAACUAUUCCAGAAGAAGCAAUUGAAGGAGGAAUUGAGCCAGAGGAGAGAAGCCGAGAAGCUCUCUGGUUCGUGCCCAAGAAGUAGAUCAGAUGAAUCUGAUCCCGAGAAUGGGGACCCCCCCUCUAUUCAAGUCCCACUUCCCGACAUGCUAUUGCCAUCUACAUUUGAUGGGGAUAGCCCUGCAUACAGAUACCGAUCAACUGAAUCUGAGCUGCUUGUGCGCCCUGUGUUGGAUGCCCAUGGCUGGGAUCACGAUUGUGGAUACGAUGGCAUUAGCCUGGAGGAUAAUCGCACGGUGUCUGGUCGGUUUCCAGCAGGUCUUGUAUUGCAGAUCACCAAAGACAAGAAAGAAUUUAGUAUCCAUAUGGAUUCUUCAAUCGCUAUGAAGCAUGGGGAUCACGGCUCCACGAUGGCGGCCUUUGAUGUUCAAACUCUUGGUAAGCAGCUUGCUUACACUUUCAGAGGUGAAUCGAAGUUCAAAAGCUUCAAGAAGAACAGGACUGCUGCCGGGUUGUCUUUCACUCACAUCGGACAGGCUGUCGCCUCUGGAAUCAAGAUAGAGGAUCAGAUUUCAAUUGGAAGACAGGCAACUCUUUCGGCGAGCGCAGGAGCUAUGAGUGCCCAAGGUGAUGUGGCCUACGGUGCCAACUUGGAGGCACGAAUCAUGGAAAAGGAUUAUCCAAUUGGGCAGGAUGGCACGACCCUUGGUCUCUCUCUGAUGCAAUGGCGGCGAGACUUGGCCUUGGGUGCCAACUUACAGACACAGUUUUCUGUGGGCCGUGGCACCAAGACUGCUGUGCGCGUUGGCCUGAACAACAAGCGAAGUGGGCAGAUAACAGUUAGGACCAGCAGCUCAGAGCAGCUUCAGAUUGCUCUGAUUGGUCUCUUGCCGGUUGCCGCGGCCAUUUUCAGGAGCAUUGUGCCUGGUGAAUCCCAGGUUAUGCAUUAGAUUGUUAAUUAUGUUAUCAGUUUUCCUUUCAUAUUCGAAUAAUCGAAUGUUCUUUUGGCGGGA